UUCGAAGGCUGCAAGAAGGCCUUUUCUAGACUAGAAAAUCUGAAGAUUCACUUAAGGAGCCACACUGGAGAAAAACCUUACCUUUGCCAGCACCAAGGCUGUCAUAAAGCAUUCAGUAAUUCCAGCGACCGAGCCAAGCACCAGAGGACGCACCUGGACACUAAACCUUAUGCUUGUCAGAUUCCUGGCUGCACCAAACGAUACACAGAUCCAAGUUCUCUAAGAAAACAUGUAAAGGCCCAUUCUUCUAAAGAUUUGCAGGCCAGAAAAAAGUUGCGUGCCACUACAGAACUUGAUCAAGACAUUCUCAAUGACUGCCUGACUAUCCAGGCUAUUCAGGUCCCUUCAUCUCCCCAUGAUGUUUCUGCCAGCACUGUCCAACAAUCACCGGGACAUGUCCAUGACCUUUACUCAGCUACCAUGUUCUCCAGCACUCCUUCAAAUCAAAGUGGAACUGCUGUGGGCAAUGAACCUGCCUCACAUGCCGUGAGCCUCCCUUCGCCAAGGCCCAGCAUUCACGAGAGCCCCCGCAACCCAUCCACAGGGGACCCAGGAACAGAGAGCCAUGGGAGAAUUCCUCCUCCCCUUCCUUUCAUGCAGAAAAGAACAUCACAGCCUUCAACAACCCAGCAAUUUGGAGAAGUGCAUUUGAAGACGAAUGGUUCGCUGAGCAAUCCUUCUUUCCAGCCAAACAGCAUCCAAAUCCAAGGUGUUUAUGGGCAACUACAAACUUUCUGCUCCCCUCAUUAUACUGACAAUCAGAGAAAUAUACAACACAUUGGAACAUGUAACAUGGUCCCUCCUUUUGAAGAUUGUUUGGUACCUACAUCUAUGGGUCAGGCGGGUUUUGAUGUUUUCCAUAAAGCAUUUUCAGCACAUUCUGGUAUUACAGUUUAUGAUUUUCCAAUGGCCUUUGGUGACUCACUGCGCAGUGGGGUGGAAGAUGCAAGUUUCCUCCAUAUAAAUGCUGUGGAUCGUUGUCCUAGUCAACUGUCUUCACUUUAUAUGGAAGGCUGAGGAAGCACAGACUACAUAUCAUCUCAACCAUUCAGCCUACUAAAGAUCAUCUUCUGUUGGUCAGCACAACAGCUUGCUCAAGAAAUAAAGAAAACAUCACCAGAAAGAUCCCAACUUCACAGCUGCAGCUAAUAUAAGAUGUUGCAAGAUGUUGGUUGACGUGUAUUUGCCAAAUGUGAGCAAUUGCUCUUUAAUUUGGCCUUUU